AUGAGUUCUGAAGACGCCUCUCCAGGACCUCUUACUCAGUCUCUGAACCGGCCCCUGCCGGAGUUUGGACGCGCAGCUUUCGCUGCCCAACCCAUCGCGCUGGUUUGCCAGGACCAUGCGACUCAGUUCGCCCAGCUCCUGCCCCUUUUCGCCGGUAUUCGCUCCACUUCCGCACGUGGCGAGAAAGCCAGUGCUUUAUGCGCAGAAAUCACAAUUCUGCUUCUCAAAGCCGCGAUAGAGCCAGUACCUCCAGCCGAGAUGAAGAAGGGUUUCUACACUUUCUACUUCAUUGUACACAAAAAAGGUGGCAGAUUGAAUGAGGCUCCUGUCAGUGGGUUCGAGAAGCAUGUGGGCUCAAAGUCAACCAUGCGUAUCACGUAUCCCGAAGGAACCAUCCAGAAAACAGAUCGCUAUGAAAAGGACUCGCUUUUUGUCUUCUCUGCCUUUAAACCGAUGGACUUCAAAUGGUUCCUACAUAUGGUGUCCAAGGAGAGACAGAAUUCUGAUGAAUGCUGUUGGAAAUCUGUGGCGCGUGUCAUUCCUAGAGAACCCGAGGACAUGCAAAUCCUCAAUCCGCAUUUCAUACAAGAAGCAGCCUUCAGAUUAAUCGGCCUUCCACACAAAAAUGGCCUUGUGGGAAGAGGGAAUAUUCCUACAUUGGGAACAGUUGCGAUCAUGAUGGCCGUUCAUAACUGUGAUGAGAUGGCCAUGACUGGGUUUGGAUAUUAUGAGAAACUCAAGAUGUCUGCAAUCAAAGAGUUGUGGACACACAACAUAUCCAAAGAGAAAGAGUUUCUCUGGAAGCUGUUGAAGGGCGGAGUUAUUCAGGACCUGACCAAUGGGAUCUGA